CAACAAACAGCCUUGUUCCGCCUGUUACUACCAGGGUACCCAAGAUGUCGGUCUCCUUCAGCCUCCGGAGCCUGGUGCGCCUGAGGGAAGCUCCACAUCUCCUCAGCCGGCCUCUGACCGCCGCUGUCACCGCCGGCCUCAGGUCAGCGUCCACCGCUGCUCCGCCAGAAAAACGGGCGGCCGUAAUAGAGUCCGCGGAGGACUACAAGUUUGUGGAACGGCUCAUUCCGCCUUCGCGCGUACCCGACCCACCCAAACACGUCGGAGCCGCGCCGUCGGGCUGGAUCCCCCCGGCGGAGACGCCGCCGGCCCUGCCCUACAUGAUCCGCCGCUCCCGCAUGCACAACAUCCCCGUCUACAGCGACCUGACCAACGGCAACCGCAAGACCACGCUGGUGCGGAAGGUGGAGGGGGACAUCUGGGCCCUGGAGAAGGACGUGAGGGAGCACCUGAGGCGCGUGACGGGGAAGGAGCUGCCCACGCAGGUCAACGAGGUGACGAUGACCGUGAAGGUGAAGGGCCACUAUGAGCAGGAGCUGAAGGCCUGGCUGGCCGCCAGAGGCUUCUGAGCGGGACGAGAGCCCGACCCCAGGACAUAAAAAACCUGCUGCUCCUCCAGGAGACGCUUCUGACACCAAAGAGCUGUAAUUCUGUUCUGUUCACUUCAAAAAGCAGAAUAAACUGAAAGAUUCGCA